AUGCCCGCCUUCGAUGCAUCUCCUUCGGUCUCGACUGAUGCAGCACCAUCCUCGUCCUCCCCGCCCUCAAGCGAAUUUCCCACUCAGUCAGAACACGCUGCGCAGACACCUACAAGACAAGCCGUCACCGACCUAGCGCAAACUCCCGAUGUAGCGCCCUCGUCGUCAGCUAAAACAGACGUGUCAAAUGCCGACUCUGAAAAGCACCCCAAGGGGAAGAGGAAGAGGACGGCUGCCAAAGACAAGUCCAUCCUCGAAGCUGCCUACAUCGCGAACCCGAAACCGGACAAGACAGCGCGUCUGGACAUAGUGAAACGCGUUUCUCUUAACGAAAAAGAGGUUCAGAUAUGGUUUCAAAACCGUCGACAGAACGAUAGACGCAAGUCGCGUCCGCUCUCUGCCCAGGAGAUUGCUGCUCUUCGCUACGGUGGCAUGCAAAUCGUCUCGUCGGACCCUGUUACAUAUAGUCCCUCUCUGCCCGAAGAGAAGGCUUCGCCGGUGGCAGACGCUGCUACCAUGAAGGCGCCUAUGCCAGCAGAAACCCCAGUCAAAGCCGUAUCCACAACGGUUGAGGCGCAUGAGCGACUUCAACUCGCAACGCCGUAUAUUCCAACGACCAGUGCUGCUACCAAAACCCUGGAAACGCCAACAUCUCAAGCCACAGACUCUUCAUUGCCGCAGUCAACCGGAUCUUUCUCCUUUUCCAGCUCUAUCGGCUUUCUGACAAACCGUUGGAACCCCACGAGUUCCUUCUCAACGCCCUCAACGCUGAACCGCAGUGUUGAUAAUACCCCCAAAUCCGAGCAGUGCCCUCCCUCAUCUUGCUCAUCAGUCGCAUCUGCAGCGCGCAUUCUACCCCCUCUUCAGUCUUCACAGCAGUCACUUGUGCGGCUCUCACUUUCCCUCGAAGGCAAAGCCGAGCUCGUCUCCAACGAGACUUCGCCUCCUCGGAUGCAGCCUACUAGACUGUUUUCAGAGUCACCAGCUCUACCUCAGCCUAGAUUGUCUCGACCACUCCAGCGUAGUCACAGUGCACUCCCUAGCGUAACUCUACCUCCCAUCACAGCCCUUACUGACUUCCUACCACCUACGUUGGGGCGUGGUCGAUCUCGUGACGCGCACGCGUGGGAACUGUGCUGUGACGCCGACAGUCGCGAUGAGCUUACCGCACAAGCCGAAAAUGAGUCCAAUGGCUCUGCCGUUGCCGCCAUCAACCUCCUCCGUUCAACAAGCGGUAUUCUCCAGAAUAAUAAUUCCAAGCGGAACUGCCCAAGCAGCAGAACAACGCCUCGAUCACAGCAGGCCAAGAAGCCUAGACUCAGUCGGACGUCUUCCAGCAUGGCCAGGAUGCAAACACCGCUCGGUGAUGGCGAGAAGUCGACGACUCAGCUAAACGACGAAAACAUCUCAGGCGACAAAGUAAUUGUUAACAAGUUGAUAUCUCCAGGCGACUCUGAUAAGGAGAACUGGAGCCCCGAUGCCAACGGUAAUCCGCGUCAGACGGUGCCGGCAUCUGAUGUCAGAAGGCCAUUGCCGAAUAUUGCCGGUAACAAAGCCAAUGCGAGGCGCACGGGGCGGGCUCUUCAAGACUUUUCUAUGCCUGCUAUUUUCAGCGGUAACCGUGCCAGGACGAUGCCGGCUAUGGGACGUCGAGAUUCAGGGAAGGAUCUGACAAUAUUUGAAGAUGGCCGCGGCUCGCCUGCGCCAAAGGAAACAGAAGAGGUAGAGAAGUUUAUGCGUGGCGGCGAAGUCAGUCCAAGUAAGAAGGGAGAUAUGGAUUGCAUUGCAGGUCUGCUCUCCCUCAGCCAAGGAGCUUGGAGAUAG